GACGCUACUGAGUAGCGAUUACUGAGCCGUCUCGCUUGUUUCCGGUCGGUGGAGCGGGGCGUGACCACCGGCGUCCCCACUUCCGCUUCGGCGUGUGAUGGAGCCUCCCGGCUUUGUUGCGCUUGGAGGUUCGAUAUUGUGGUGCGCCUCUUGUCCUCCUUUUUCUCGUUGUUGACGCGGCAUGGCGACACGGCGCUUUCUCGCCUUGUGUUUGUGGGCGUCGUUGCUGCGCGGCGGGAAACCCGAGGGGGGCGGCGGCCGGUUGUACUCCCCCUCGGACCCGUUGAGCGUCCUCAGCGGCUCCAGCUUGACCGCCACCGUCAGCAACUCGUCGUGUGGCUGGCUGGUGCAGUUCAUGUCGUCGUGGUGCGGACAUUGCGUCCAGUUCUCGCCCACUUGGAAGGCGCUGGCCCGGGAUGUCCAAGACUGGCAGCAGGCAGUGAAGCUGGCGGUGUUGGACUGCGCGCAGGAGAUCAACUACGACGUGUGUAAGGAGUACAACAUUCAGUUGUACCCGACGUUCAAAUAUUUCCCCGCAUACUCGCCACCCACGGACAAAGGGACGACUUACACAGUUGUUGACAGAGACGUCCAAUCAGUGAGACAGUUGAUGGUGGACAUCCUGCAGAACCACAGCAGCCACACACCCGCACUUCAGCCGUACAGCUCUGUGCAGAUCCUUCCUCUGCUGGGUCAAAGGUCAGAUCACUACACAGCCAUCAUUGUAGAGGAUCAACACUCGUACGUGGGCCGAGAGGUGACCUUGGACAUGUGGUCGUACUCGGGCGUGCACGUGCGUCGGGUGCUGGGCUCUGACGCCGCCCUGCUGGACACGCUCAACAUUACGGCUCUGCCGCACUUCUCCCUCCUCAACCCCGAUGGCACGCACGCACACGUGGACACGUCGUCGUCCAGUGCCAAGCCUUUGCGUUUCUUCAUCACUUGGUGUUUGCGUUCGCUACCCGGCGUCCGGCGAAGGUUCGAUGCGCAUCUCGACAACGUGCCGGCGCCGCCUCAAGUAACGGCCGUGCCAAGCAGCAGCUGGACGCACGUUGACAGUUCAAAGGUGUACAUGGCUGAUCUGGAGUCAGCCCUUCACUACAUUUUGAGGGUGGAGCUGGCCAGUCACCCUACAAUGGAGGGGGAGGAGCUUCAGGUCUUGAAGGACUUUGUAACGCUGAUUGCCAAGCUGUAUCCCGGGGGCGGUCCAGUGGUGAAGUUGAUGGAGAGGCUCUCUGAUUGGCUGAAUGGCCUGCCACUCAAGCAGAUUGCCUACCAGGCUGUUCUGGACCUCCUGGACAACAAGAUGAGGACGGCGGAUGCGUUCUUGUCUCCGGGGCUCAACUGGGUGGGCUGCCGGGGCAGCAGAGAAGGACUUCGGGGUUACCCCUGCGCCUUCUGGACGCUCUUCCACGUCCUUACCGUACAACAGCACCACAAACCUCAAGCGCUGGCCAACACUGGUCUCGCGGGCGCGCGCGGCGUGCUGACGGUGAUGCGCGGCUACAUGCGCCACUUCUUCGGCUGUCGCCAGUGCGGACGCCACUUUGACUCCGCCUCCACAACGUUGACCUCGGUCAACAGCACCGGCGAGCAGCUGCUGUGGCUCUGGCACGUGCACAACCAGGUCAACCUCAGGCUGGCAGGCUCGCUGAGCGACGACCCGGGUUUCCCGAAGCGCCUGUGGCCAGACCCUUCGAUGUGCGCGCCGUGCCACGAGGAGCAGGCGGGUGCCCGCGUUUGGGUGCGUGAGGAGGUGUCGCGCUUCCUGCAGCGUCAUUACGCUGAUGACAACUUGUCGUCGCGGACGUACACCGGUACCUUCCGACGGCUGCCCGCCGACGAUGACGGCGAGAAGCUGGCGGGCUUCAGCGGAGUGGAGUUGAGCCUGUGCGUCGUCCUCUACGUUUCCUCCUGCGUUGUCCUCCUCUUCCUCUUCUUCUUCCGGGUCCGAGCCCGGAGGUGGAAACCCUCUUCAUCCUCCUCUUCCUCCUCCUCCAUCUCUUCCGUCUUGCGCCGCCUCGUGUGAACCUUUUCUCCUGCAAAAUCAAACUUUGAAUUCCCAAACGCGCCUCUGUGAAGGCUGAAAAUCGUCUGAGCCACGACAAGGGGGGGAAAUUUAAAUUCCAUUUGAAGUUCAAAUUUGGCAUUUUGAAGUCAAUGGAAAAUGCCCUGAAACAGAAUCGGAUGUUUUUCCCUUCUUGAUUGCCAUAUUUCAAAGCAGCCAAAUGGCGCCACCGCCUGUUUUUACCUUCCCACUGCAAUUUGAACCAAUGGUGGCCGGGUGUCAACUCUGCUGCCGCCAUCUAGCGGCGGGGAGAUGAAGCGCACUGGUGUCUUUUUAACUUCAAUGCCAAAAGGAUGUCUGAAAAUAUUUCCCUUACAAAAGUUCGAUGUAAAAAGAAAAAGAAUAAAGUAAAUACAUAUAAAGCCAAACUAAACUCAUGCAACAGUUCUGUACUCUUUUUUGUUUUUUUUGCCGUCCAUGUUUGAAUUUCAAUUUCAAUGUUUAGAAUUUUUUUUUCUAUUUCGGGUUUUCAAGUUCAUUGAUUGUGAUGCUAAAGAAAGCCAAUUGGACUGACACGAGCAUAUGGAAGUAUGUCAGUAACAACUGAGUUUGAAUUACUGAAAUAUCGUUUUCUACUCUGAAUUG